AUGUUGUUUGGCGCCGAUAUUCCCUGCAAUGUCACUAAGACUUCGGAAGGUCACGAACGCCCUUUAACAUGUGCUUGGUCGUCAGACUGGAAGCCGCCGUGGCGGAGUGGGAAUGCCAGAACGCUGUGGGGCCAAACCUACAGGGAACAACAUCUCGGCCUCUCCGCCACUGUCCACGUAGCCCGUCUUGUCUGUAGGGGAGCAUUAGGCGAAAAGGCGGAGCCAAAAUUUGAUGUCUCAACGCAAUCCCUGAAGCCAUUGAUCGAUCGUACAGUCGAGGCCUGCGACAUUUUUCUUCCAGAUGACAGUUUCGCCGUCGACGGCAUGUAG